GUGACCACUUCUGAAAUGUAUUUAAGGCGUAAUCACACCUGCAGCUGCGGUGUGGAGCAAAGAGGAGACUGAAUGUCUAUUGGAUACUUGGGUCCGACAUCCAAUAGACAUUCAGUCUCCGUGCUCCAUGAAGAGCCACGACUCAUUUUCACCCGACGGUCCGACAAUGUGCUGCUAAUCUUCGGAGUUACCGCUAAUCAAACAAUAUUACCCAUAAUGCGUGUGGCUGAGCGUGUGCCUGCCUGGGCUGUUACGUCCAAAGAGGCGUAUGAUUUUUAGAACUGGAUCGGACCGAGGUGCGGGCGCGUUCACACCUCAAGCGAACCGCACCAGGCUUCGUUUGGAAGUGAACAGAGACCACCUCUCCGGCUGGGUCUCGGACCGGCUGUUUGGUCCGCACCAGAAUUCAAAGGCUUGUAUUCACACCAGCCCUAAAGGUCUGCACCAGCGAUGUGGGGGGGGGUGUUUGUAAUGCCACGGAUGGCUAUCAUAAACCAUCGGGGGUAAUCAGAUGACGAGGUCACAGGGAAUGUAACGUGGUGGGACAGGAGGGCGUACAACAGGGCACAAUGAUGAACUUUGCCCUCUCCAACAAGCUAUAAAAGGCCCUGAGAGAACAUCUCUCCCACAACAACACCUUGAGGCUCCAAAGAAGCAGUGUCACCACCACCACCACCACCACCACCACCACAACCAUGAAGGUCUUUGCAGUGCUAGCGCUGACCCUUUUCUCCGCGUGCAACGCUGACCUGCUGUGGCAGGACCCGGCCCAGACCAGCGUCGCCACAGUCAGGGAUGCCUUCUGGGACUACGUCGCCAAGGCAACCACCACCGCGGAGGAGUCCCUCCAGCAGAUCAAACAGUCCGCCCUGGGACAGGAAGUGGACACCAGGAUCUCCGAGAGCUCCCAGGCCGUGACCCAGUACACCCUGGCCCUCCAGAACCAGGUGGCCCCCAUGACCCAGGAGCUGCUGGCCAAGCUGUCCCUGGAGGCCGAGGCCCUGAAGACCCGCGUCGACUCUGAGCUGGCCUCCGCCGGUGUGGCGCUCCAGCCCUACUUGGCCGAGCUGAAGGAGGAGCUCCAGAAGCAGAUGGACACCCUGCAGAAGGAGGUGCUGCCCUUCGCCCAGUCCAUGGACGCCGAGACCCUGAAGGCCACCGUGCAGCAGAGGAGCCAGGAGCUGAAGGAGAGGCUGGACCAGAGCCUCCAGGGCAUCCAGACACAGAUGGGACCCCUGACCGAGGGCUUGAAGCAGAAGGUGGACCAGAGCGUGCUGGACUUCCAGAGCAAGAUGGAGCCCAUCACCCAGGACUUCCAGAGGCAGCUGGCCCAGAAGAGCCAGGAGAUCCAGCAGAGCCUGACCCCCAUGGCAGAGGAGCUGAAGGCCAAGCUGACCGUCAACACCCAGGACCUGCAGAGCCAGCUGGCCGAGCUCUGGAAGUCCUUCAACGAGAAGAUCCAGUGAUGGGUCGAUCCUGAGACCCAUCCACAACGACCCCCCCCCCCUUGUCUUCAGACAACCCCCCCCCCUUGUCUUGAGACACACUGGUUAUUUAAUGUGGAAUUGAACAAAUAAAAAAAAU